UUUCUAGAGGUUCGUGAAAGGACAGGGGUCAACUCCAGAGGCGUCGAUGGCUAUUUUUGCCGGACUCCUGAACAGUUCCGUGUCAAAUUCAAGUGGCAACAUGGCUGACCUGACGGCGUCCAUCCACAUUCUUGAGUUGAUGGCCGACGCAUCAGAGCGCAUUCCCCUGAAGAACGGUGUCUUGCAUGACUUCACACACGCAGCAAGUAAUCUGCUGGCCCCAACCUGGGAGGGAGUCAACAAGUCCGUCAUUCACAACCUGUCCUCAAGUUACCUCGGGGCCGUGGAACGUUUAGUGAGGAACAUCCAAAUCGACAGAGAUCAAAGCAAUUUGACCGCUCACAAUUUAGUCCUCAACUUCUGCCCGGCCGAUAACUGCAGCGUGACUUUGUUCGGCAGCAUGGUCACCGUGACAAGAAACGGGUCCUCGGGAUUCGUGAAACUACUUGGUGUGAGGAAUCUGACGAAUAAAUUACAAAACGACUUCCACAAGACAGAGCCGUCGCCGCUCUUAAUAGCCGCGACGCUGGAAGACGAGGAUGAGCCGUCGCUAACAAUCAGUUUGGAAUUCUUCGGGGAGCGACCAAGGCCCAGAAAAACUUUCUGCGUGUACUGGAAUGCCACGGGGAGAUGGUCGGAAGAAGGGUGCGCGGUGGCAAGUGCCGCCGGUAAUCGCAUCCUGUGUGUGUGCAACCACUUGACCGCGUUCUCCGCCCUGUGGGGCUUUGGCGACGACGCUCCGCAAAGCCUCGUUGUCCUCACCACAGUCGGUCUGAUCGUGUCCAUUUUCUCCUUGGUUCUCUUCCUUCUCAGUCAGUUCCUGGUGUGGUCAGCGGUGGUCAAAACGGACCUUUCACAUUUCUAUCACACCGUCAUGGUGAAUAUAGCCCUUUUUCUCUUGCUGGCCCACAGCACCUUCUUGGUUUCCUCCUUCACGGAUCUUUCCAAGCAUCCCGCAUGGUGCGAGGUCGCGGCCGUCUGCAAGCAUCUCUUUUUCUUGGCGGCAUUCUGCUGGAUGCUGUGCAUGAGCGUGACGCUGAUCCACCAUUUGGUCUUUGUGUUCAAGCCGCUGAGCAAACGGGUUUUCAUGUUUCUCUCCGGCAUGGUGGGCUACGUCUGCCCGAUGCUCAUCGUGGGCUCCACCUACAUAUACUAUGAAAACAGCAACACGCUUUACCACGACAACCGUUGUUGGCUCGUUCCCGGGAAAGCCUUCCAGACCUCCUUGUCCUCUUUUCUCGUCCCGGUGGGAACCAUUCUUGUGACAAAUCUUUGUUGCGUGGCGGUGGUUAUCGCCAUGCUGAUGAAGGCGCCGGUCAUCGAUGGCGGCGAGACAGACCAAAAGGAAACGGCCAAACGCAUCGUCAAAGCCGUGGUCUUUUUGACGCCAGUCUUGGGACUAACGUGGAUUGUCGGAUACCUUUUUGACACCAGGAGGAACCGAGAGGCCUAUAAUACUGCCGUGAACUACAGUUUUUGCAUCCUCAAUUCGUUUCAGGGACUUUCCAUUUUGCUGACGGGCUGUUUGGCAGAGCAGAAGGUUCGAGAUGAACUACUGAAGCUCAUAAAGGGGGAUUCGAAAAAACAAAAUGAGAAACAGAAAACAUCAACCAUAUGCACGAAAGGCAAAUGAAUCUUGACACCAGCCACCUCCUGCUCUUUGCUCUUUUCUGGAAUAUUUUGAUUGUUUUGUUGCGUUAUGUCACUAUCCGGUGAUAAUUUUGUCCAUUUUGACUGUCAUGCAACUGCCUACAUUCUGCUCCAUAUUCAACAUCACGGCGUGAAAUAAAAAUGCAUGUCUCAGGGAAUCCACUGUGAUUUUCUUUAACUGUCAUUCUCUCAUUCCUUUCAUUGGCAAACAGGGUACUGCGAUUUCAGGCUAUGU